AUGGACAGUACUCGGGGCAGAUCUCCUUCGAGAGGCAAUGCGCAGCACAUAAGCCCUCAACCAUCCCCAAACCAUAUUCCCACGACCGUCCCUGGCGUAGAUCCUUCGGUCCGGCAAGCUUUGACCACGGGCAAAUUCAAUACAUCAUCAGCCUUCAACAAUCCGUUUCUCGAUCCCCAGCAACAAUCAGGCGGUCUCCAGCCCAAUCCCGCCGACGGCAAUUUCUAUCCGAAUAGCCAGUACACGCAAUCUGUCUUCUCAGAAAGUCAGUUCGGAGGCCCGAAUCUAGACCCAUCCUUCUCAGACAACAAUUUCAUGUAUCAGGGAGAGAACAUGCCCAAUGAGUUCACUCAGACAUACUCCUUAAACAACACAUAUGACAUGAACCCGCAAAACAACAUCAAUCCGGCCGAGUUAAGCAAAGUAUCUUCUCCACAAGACCACCCAUCUCCCAAUCUGUACCCGCCAGAGAACCACUCCUCUCAGCCGGGAUCGCCUGCCUCUACCAACGGCCAGUUCUACACUCCUCAACAUUCCAGACAUGCCUCUCUGGAUCCUUCGAGCGCUUACGGAGAAAACUAUUCCGGAAUCAAUUUCCAGCAGCAUCGGAGAGCACCAUCAGAUCACUCGGAGAUUUCAUCGGCUGCCCACUCUCCUUUCCUGGCGCAUGCAGAACUACAUGAACCGGGUGAUCUCAAUCAUUCCCCCUUUCUUCCUGCCCAACCAGACACUAGCAAUGCUUUCGGCAUGGAGAGCUUUAGCCUGGGAGAACAGGCCUCUUAUCGUUCUCCCCGGCUGAUGCCACACAUGGAAGGAAACCAAUCAGGCCUUGGACUGAAUCAACAAGAUUUGACUUUGAGUCAACCCAUGGGAAUUCCGGUCCCAGAUGUGUAUGCCAGUCAGCCACCUAAUUAUCCGCCCGUUGUUCCCAGCAAUCACAUGCGAAAUACUUCGGUGGUGUCCGAAAUAGGCCAGGCGGAUCAAUUCGAGCCCCCCACUAUCAAUAUCGAACCCGCGCCAGUUUCGAGGCAACAGAGUUUCGGACCCCAAGGGGAAGGAACAGAAGGAGCUCUCAGUCCUCCAUCUUCAAGCAGGGGCCGCAAUCGCAGCAAAUCUGAUGUUACUUUCACACGUCCGUUGUCUCGAUCUGGCUCCCCGGGCCUCACGUCAACCAACGUCAACCGUUCCAGCCUUUCGGUACAUUCUAGAUCUCCGGAUAGAGACAGUCGCUCUGUUUCUCGUGAAUCGUCUCCAGGACCUGUGGUUGUUUCUGGUCGGGUGGAUAAGAAUCGCCGAGCGUCCACGUCGUCCAUGGGUCAAACUAGGGACUACAUCCUGGAUUUGGCGGAUCCCACCCGACCUAACGCCUCUCCUUCUGGAUCAAGUACCCGAAUCCAAAAACAUCCCGCUACCUUCCAAUGUACUCUCUGCCCAAAACGCUUUACUCGCGCCUACAACUUACGAUCUCAUUUACGAACACAUACCGAUGAGAGGCCUUUCGUGUGUACGGUGUGCGGGAAAGCCUUCGCAAGACAGCACGAUCGCAAACGUCACGAAGGCCUUCACAGCGGCGAAAAGAAAUUUGUUUGCAGAGGUGAGCUGAAUUCGGCCCCUGGUCAACAAUGGGGUUGCGGGAGAAGGUUUGCCAGAGCAGAUGCUCUGGGUAGACAUUUCCGAUCCGAAGCUGGCAGGAUAUGCAUCAAACCGCUUCUGGAAGAGGAAAAAGCGGAACGACAAAACAGGGCAAUGAUGGAACAGCAACAACAUAAUCAACAUCAACAUCACCAACAUCAGCAAUCACAGUUUGCCCAAGGGGGGCUGCAACCAGUUCCCCAACCAAUGAUGAUAGGGAUGGAUCCAAGUUCUGGUGCUGGUGGAUUUGCUUUGCCUGCAGCUCUUCUCCAACAGUACCCUGCCCUUCAAAAUAUUGACUGGUCCCAAAUUUCCCAAGUCGAUGACCAAGGUGACUAUAGUGAUGUUGGUGGCAUGAGCAGAGCCAGUUUUGACGGUUCCAGUGGUGGAGACUACUAUGAUGAAGAGGGUAUCAGCGAUGGGUAUGCUAGUGGCACUGGUGUCGAUUUUUCCAAUCCAGGACACCAAAUGUAUAUGAGUUGA